AUGCAGUUUAUAUAUGUUUUGCCCGGAUGGGAGGGUUCCGCACACGAUGGGCGAGUCCUUAGAGAUGCUGUGACUAGGAGAAAUGGAUUGAAAGUCCCUAACGGUUAUUACUAUUUAGUUGAUGGUGGCUAUACAAAUGGAAAAGGUUUUCUUGCACCUUUUAGAGGACAACAAUAUCAUCUCAACGAUUGGAGAGAUGGAUACCGACCUACAACACCAACGGAGCUUUUUAAUAUGAAACAUUCAAGCACUAGGAAUGCUAUUGAAAGGUGUUUUGGACUAUUAAAAAUGUGGUGGGCAAUUCUUAGGAGUCCAUCAUUUUAUGACAUUACAACACAAAGCCGUAUAAUUUCAGCAUGUUGUAUGCUCCAUAAUUUUAUAAGAAGAGAGAUGCUUGUAGAUCCUAUGGAAGAUAAUAUGAACACUCAAUUGCAAGAUGGGAAUUUAGAAGCGAAUGACUACAUUACCGUUGUUGAGUCCUCAGAUGAGUGGACUACAUGGAGGCAAAACCUUGCACUAGAAAUGUUUAACACUUGGAGAGCAACUAGGGAAGCUAGGGAAUCUUAA